AUGAGAAUAUUCCGUCAAAAAAAACAAUAUAAACGUCCUUCAGGUGUUCUCAUAUUAUUUAUUGCAAUUGUCUUUGCUGACGACGAUGGUGACGAUGACGACGAUAAAGAAAGUGAGCAUCUUUAUUUUCUUUUCCUGGACAAACGUUCAUCGCUUCUAAACGAACACAAACGAAACAACGAAAGUUGUCCGUAUCAAGAAGAACGUUUCCCGAACAAACGUGUUAUCAAUAAACGUGAAGCUUUUCAACACCAUCUCGACUACAAACGUGACUUAGAAACUUAUUCGAGAGCUUACCAUUACGAGCGUGAUCCAGAUGCAAAUCAAAAUAAACAAAAACGUGACUCUAGGAUUGAUCCAAAUUACUCCUACAAACGUGAAACGACACCACGUAAUUAUUGCAGACGAGAUUAG